AUGGACAAAUACACACAAUACGCACACGGUGAUCCCAGAAAAGAACGUCGAGUCGUGCUUGAAAGAGACCUUCUCGGUCAGAUCAACCUUGCAGGGAACAUUCGUGUCGUGGACAAGACUAUCCUCCCGGAACAGGUUGUCAAGCCCGUGGAGGACGAAGUCCGGUACGCAAAGAGAGACAGAGAUACCUUGAUCAUUCUUGUCUUUGGGCACGGGAAUCAGGAUAACCAUGGGGUUUACAUCGGAGGCAAGGAUCCGACAGCAGACUCGGCAGUGCUGAAGUCAUAA